GCCCCUCCGGUUCCCCUUUCUCGGCCGCCGUUGCUCGGCGUUCAGGGACAACAAGAUGGCGGCGCAACAGCAGAAACUUGAGGGCGAUGCGCAGCGGGCCGGGUCGGCGGCGGAGGCGGACCCCCUAGGCCCCUUCACGUGUCCAGUGUGCUUAGAGGUGUACGAGAAGCCUGUGCUGGUGACCUGCGGACACGUCUUUUGCUCUGCAUGCCUGCAGGAAUGUCUGAAGCCGAAGAAACCUGUCUGUGGGGUCUGUCGCAGCCCUCUGGCACCUGGCGUCCGAGCCGAGGAGCUCGAGCGGCAGAUCGAGAGCACAGAGACUUCUUGCCAUGGCUGCCGUAAGAAUUUCUUCUUGUCCAAGAUCCGAGCCCAUGUGGCUACCUGUUCUAAAUACCAGAAUUACAUCAUGGAAGGUGUGAAGGCCACCACUAAGGAUGUGUCCCUUCAGCCAAGGAAUGUCCCAAAUCGUUAUACCUUUCCUUGUCCUUAUUGUCCUGAGAAGAACUUUGACCAGGAAGGACUUGUGGAACAUUGCAAACUAUCCCACAGCAAGGAUACCAAAUCUGUGGUUUGUCCGAUAUGUGCCUCUAUGCCCUGGGGAGACCCCAACUACCACAGCGCCAACUUCAUAGAGCACAUCCAGCGCCGGCACCAGUUUUCUUAUGAUACUUUUGUGGAUUAUGAUGUUGAUGAAGAGGACAUGAUGAAUCAAGUGUUGCAGCGUUCCAUCAUUGACCAGUGAGCAGAGUCUGUACCAUCCGUCUCAUGUUCCAGAGCUUCCAUUAUAUGUUAAACGUGAAACUUUUGA